GAAGUAAUUGUGGAAAGCAUAGUAAACCAACUAAGCCUGAAUCACAACAUAUCAGCGAAUAUUACAAAAGAGGCACUUGGUAAUCAAAAUAUAUUAGUAAAUUUAAAAAAUAUCAUAAUAAAAGCAUCAACAAUUAUAGACAAUUAUGUCGAGAAUGAUUAUAGUAAUAGUAACAACGACUUUGAAGCUUAUGACAAUUUGCAAGUUUACGACAAUAUGGAAGUUAACGAAAAUUUGGAAGUUAACGAAAAUUUGGAAGUUGACGAUAACUUGGAAAAAAAUAUUGAAGAUUUAGUUCAAAAUGAAGGAGAAAUUCAAGGUCUUGCUUCAUCAGUAAUCACCAACAUGAAAACCAAGCCCACUGACAGAAGCUUAAUUGGACAAAAGAUGGAUUUCAGAAUCAGCAAGGAUCAAUUUGAAAUGUUAAUUGGAUUAAGAUCUGGUGGUCUUCCCUCGACACCAAAAAGUAAAAAAUGGAUGGACAAAGUUGAUCUAGCAGUUGCGUUGGAUUGGAAAACAAGAGGAGUUUGGCGCCUAGGUUUGCUUCAAAAAGUUAAAUUACCCUUAUCAAUCGAUAAUUUGCAAAUUAUAGAGAAACUUAUUAUAUCUUUGAUGCGUGUUGAGGAAACUUUGCAUCGUAUACAAAAGAUCCAUGAUGAAAUAUUAACUGAAAAGGCAAGAUUAUAUCGAACCCAACGAGUAUCAACAUAUGCCAUGGACUAUUCCAUUUGUGAACACAGUCGCAUAACUCGUACAAGAAAAGCAAAAGAAUAA